AAAGAGGAAGGAGGUGGGCUUUAGUUGGUGCCACUUGUAAACGCUCAUGUGCUGAUCUCAGAUGACCAAGUUAAAACAUGGGGGAAGCAUCUUCACUGUGUCUGCUGGUUCUCAUCUCGUUGCUGAUCUGCACAACAAACCAAGCCUCUCUGACUGUGAGUCCCAGCAGCUCUCAGAUGUUUAAAGGACAGUCUGUCUCUCUGAGCUGUGAGGAGGACGACAGCUCUGCUGGAUGGACUCUGACGAGGAACACAACCAGAGACACCAGGACUCAGUGUGGAUCAGCUGAGUGGGGACGAUCAGCUGGUUCAUCCUGUGACAUUAGCUACAUUAAGACAUGGGACAGUGGAGUUUACUGGUGUGAGUCCAGAGAGGGAGCAACCAGUAACACCAUCAACAUCACUGUCACUGAUGGUCCAGUGAUCCUGCAGAGUCCUGUCCUCCCUGUGAUGGAGGGACAUGAUGUCACUCUGCGCUGUAAAACAGAGAUGUCCUCCAACCUCCCAGCUGAUUUCUAUAAAGAUGGCUCCUUCAUCAGGACUGAGCCUGAAGGUCACAUGACCAUCCGCCAUGUUUCCAGGUCUGAUGAAGGUCUCUACAAGUGUAACAUCAGCAGUGUUGGAGAGUCUGAACCCAGCUGGGUCACUGUCACAGGGAAAGCCACAACUACAGCUGCUCCUACAGCCCCCCCUCCCUCUGGUCUUACCUCUCUAGACUCUUUUGUCCUUUGGUCUGCUGUUUCAUCCUGCGUUCUGGUUCUACUGGUUCUUCUGGUUCUACUCAUCAAACGGCAACGACACAUCAAACGGAAACAUAAAGCUGCUGAGGUGGAAGCUGGACAUGAUGACGCAUACAGUGACGACCAAACAUCACGUGACCUGCAACAGCCAAUCAGACGGAGUGGAGAGAGGGAACCAGCUGCAGUCUACUCAGCUGUCAGAGGACAGGAGGACGUCAGUUAUGGACAAAUAGUCUUCAAAGACGUCAAAUCCAACAGGAAGAGAGAGAGUGAACCGGCUGCAGUUUAUUCAGCGGUGAGAAGAACAGAAGAAGUCAGUUACGGACAGAUAGUCAUCAGACCCAACAGGACCAGAGGGUUUCCAGAGGAGCCGGAGGUGGUCUACUCCUCGCUGACGUCCACCUGCACAGCUGCUCACCACUGAACCCAACAACACGCUUUAUUUGUUUUAUAUUAAAUAUAUAUAAAUCUAUAAGUCCUGCAGCUCUGUGGAAUCAGAACAACUCAAACAUGUCUUUGUGCAGAAUAACACAGUUAGAAUGACAGAAAUCAGAAAAAAAGUUUA